AUGAAUAACAGGAAUAGAAACAAAGAUUUGGCUUUACAUUUUAUCGGGUGCCCGGGUCUUCGUCUGAAAGACACAACACAUAUUAACAGCCCAUCUCUUCAUAUUAGUAUUAAGGAAUGCCAAGAUGCUGAUAUCGGAAAUCUUCAAAUCAUAGCACCCGAAAACAGCCCCAAUACUGAUGGGAUUGACAUCAGUGCUUCCUCACAUGUUAACAUCCAUGACUCUAGUAUUCAAACUGGUGACGAUUGUGUGGCUAUCAAUGGUGGCGUUGUUGAUAUUAAUGUGACAAAUGUGUUCUGUGGACCUGGUCAUGGCAUAAGCAUCGGAAGCCUUGGGGAAAAUGGGGGUCAUGACACCGUUGAACAAGUACUAGUACAAAACUGUAACAUCACAGGAACGAAAAAUGGAUUACGAAUCAAGACAGUACCGAAUGGGACCGGGUAUGCUAAGGGGAUCCGAUUUCAGGACAUUAAUCUUGUUAAUGUCAAAAAUCCAAUCAUAAUUGAUCAACAUUACUGCCCCCAUUCUGAAAAUCCAUCGGAAUUAGAAGCAGUACAAGUGAGCGACGUGACAUAUACGAAUAUAUACGGAUCUUCAGCAUCAAAGCUUGGGAUUAUUUUCAAUUGCAGUGAGAUACACAAAUGCACUAAUAUCGUGACAAACAACAUACAUAUUACUGGAGGUGAAGAUCUUGCUUACUGCAAAAACACUCAAGGAGAAUUUGUUGAUACCACUCCAAAUAUCAGCUGUGAUUAG